AUGGCUUCCAGAGCAAAGAGACAGAAUGUAGGGGACCAGCGUAAUCUCCCUGAGCUGAGAAUCAUCCUCCUGGGGAGGGAUUGGCUGGAGAAGAGUCAAACAGGAAACACCAUCCUGGACAGGAAGCUGUUUGACACCAGGAGGGACGUGGAGAUGUGUGUGAGGAGACAGAGUCUAGUGAACGGCCGGCAGGUCACUGUGGUCAACACACCAGACAGAUGCAUCCAGUACUCCGUGCAGGACCCUCUCCUUGUCCACCGUAACAUAGAAGCCAGUAUGUCCAUGUGUCAACCAGGUCCCCAUGUCUUCCUCAUGGUCAUCCCUUUGAAACCACGCAAAGGCAGGGAAUGGACAGUAGAGGGCCCCCUCAAGCUUUUAAACCACACAGUCUGGAGACACAUUAUGGUGGUGUUUACCAGAUGUGAGAAACUCAGGGGAAUGUCACUAGAGGAUCACAUAGCGAGACAUGGGUUUCUCCAGGAGAUGGUGGGGAAGUGUGGGCAUAGGUACCAUGCUUUAAACACUAAGGCCAACACAUGGUGUGAUGAUGUCACUCAGGUCCCAGAGCUGCUGAGGAAGAUAGAUAAAAUGGUGGCAGGUGGUCCUGGUUAUGUUGUCAUGAAUGAGAGGUUUUCAAUGGCAAUUGAAGUUAAGAGGACAGCAGAGGAUGAGAGGGCGAGCCUGAGACGGAUGAAGGUUCAGAGACAGAGGGAAACACUCAGAUCUCUGCUCAGGGGUAAGUCCCACCAACUAUCUGAAGCUGAGCAGAGAAUCAUCAUAGUGGGACCGCGAUGGGUUGGGAAGAGCUCAUCUGGAAAUAGCAUCCUGGGUAAGGAAAACUUUGAGGCUGGACACACGACUUCUCACAGUGUGAAGAGACAGGGUGACAUCGCCGUAAGGCAAGUCACAGUGGUGGACACACCCGGGUGGCAUGGGCGAUACUGCACUGAGGAUACUCCUGAAGAAGUAAGACUACAGAUUACCCAAGGUGCAUCUCUUUGUGCUCCAGAGCCGCACGCUGUCCUCGUGGUCGUACGCAGUGACGAAACAUUCACAGAGACAGACAGGUCAAGAGCAGAAGAACAACUGAAUCUGAUUGGCUGGUCAGUCUGGAGUCAAGCUAUAGUGUUAUUCACCUGGGGAGACAAGCUUGGAGACACAACCAUCGAACAUCACAUCGAGAGAUGGCCUGCCCUUCUGUGGCUUGUUGAUAAAUGUGGUGACAGGUACCAUGUCUUUGAUAACACAAGCACGGCUGGAGGCCCUCAGGUCAAAGAACUUCUGGAGAAAAUUGAGGAGACAGUGGUGGGAAACGAUGGUGGACACUGGCUCAAAAUGUACUGGGAGCUCGGGGAGAGCAACAAGAAGUUGACAAAAAGCUCUGAGGAGAUUGGGAGAAGACUAGAGAAGGUAGAGAAGGAGAAUAACAAGCUUAAAAGUAUGAUUGAAGAGAAAGAGAGGAAAGUAGAGAAAAUACAUAAGAGAUAUGAGGAGAAUGAUGGAAUGUUGAAAGAGAUGGAGCAGAGAAGCACAAUGAGAGAAAAGGAGACAGAAGAGAGACAUAUGGAGUAUGAGCGAGAGAAAGAGGCCCUCAAACAAAUGUGUGUGGAGAACGACAGAGCAUUUGAUCAGAUGGAGAAGAAGCAUAAAACAGAAAGUAAAGAACUGAGAGACAAGAUAGAAAACCUGGAAAAGAGAACGUUUGAAAAAGAAGAGGAGUUGAAUGCCACAAUAGCUGAUUUACAGAAACCGCUACAGGAGAAUAAACACAGGUAUGAAAGGAAAGAAGGGGAGAUAUCAAAACUUGAGAGAGAUGUAGCGGAGUUUAACCAUCAGAAUAAAGUGAGAGAAGAGGAGUAGAAUGCCACAAUAGUUGUUUUACAGAAGGAGUUACAAGAGAAUAAACAAAUGAAUGAAAUGAAAGAAAGGCAGGUUUCAAAGCUUGAGAGAAAGGUAACAGAGAUUAAGCAUGAGAAUAACGUGAGUGAAGAAGACAUGAUCAACCAUCUGAAGAUUAAGGAGGAUCGAAUGCAACUACACAGAGAGGAAUCUACAGCACCUGCAGACAUGGUGGACACCUCUUAUCUAAAGACUCAACAUAGACAUUUGAGAAAGACACAGAUGUUGUCACAGAAGGAAGACGAGAGGCAGAGGGACACAGCAGGACGAGAGCAGAGUGUUGGAGAUGAACAGGGAGUAGCACCAUGGCUGAAGGUUGGGGCAGCAGUACUGGGGGCAGUGGUUGGGGCCAUGGCUUGCUCUGUGAGGGCACCACUAAGGGCAGCCACAGGGACAACUAUAGGGGCUGCAGCAGGGUCUCUACUGGGGAGUUUACUGAUACGAGGUGAAGAGGCCAGAGAGAAGGAAAUGGAGUCUGAUUCCCCUGAUUAGCCAUUGAAACAGAUGGCCCAGCACAUUGUAUAAUCUGUUUGAGAAGCAGAAUUGUAGUUCUGUAAAUAGUUUUAGGGAGACCCCUACUGGUAAAAGGAGCAGCUAACGUCUUUGCAUAAAGGGAUAGUUCGCCCAAAUUACAUAUGGUUUCCUAAUUACCUUGGGUGACUGUCCCAAACUUUUCGUAGUCCGUAGCGCUAAGGUUAUCUUUCAUCAAUUACAUACUUUUUUAUGUUUUUGUUUACCUGAUUUGUAGUAUACUUGUAUGUCUAUUGUAUGUAUACUGCUGCAAUCAAAUUACUGUAUUUGGACAGUAAAGAUUUCCUGUAUCUGAA